UUCGACGUCAUGUCCGUGGGAAACGUCGGCUGCUAGUUUACGAAUGUUCAGCGAGAUAACUAUUUAUUGCUUAUUUAGUAUUUAAUUUUAUAUAUAUGUAAAAAUGAUUCUCACAGUGAAGCCGCUUCAAGGAAAAGAAUGUAAUGUUCAGGUGACAGAAAAUGAGAAGGUAUCUACAGUAAAAGAGUUGGUAUCGGAGCGUUUAAACAUUCCUCCAAGUCAGCAGAGACUGUUGUAUAAAGGGAAAGCUCUUGCAGAUGAGCACAGGUUGAGUGAUUACUCCAUCGGACCGGAGGCCAAGCUGAAUCUUGUGGUGCGUCCGGCGGGAGAACGGAGCAGCGGCACGGUGGGAACCAGCAGCGCUAAUAAUGAUAAAGGAGGCAGUGGUGUGUGGCAGCUACUGUCAACGGUCCUGGCCAAACAUUUCAGUCCAGCCGAUGCUGUGAAAGUGCAGGAGCAACUUAUUAAGGAUUACGAGCGCUCUCUCAGACAGCUCAGUCUGGACGACAUUGAGCGUCUGGCCAGCCGUCUGCUUCAUCCCGAGACAGAGGUCAUGGAUACUUCAUACAUGGACUGAAACCGAUGGAAACGCUCUUGCUCACGAAAAUCAAGGCCACGUUGGAGGAUGUGUUUCAUGAGGACUUUCAGUAGGACAAAUGUCAGUAUCAAAGACUGGGCUGAUGUUCUCUUGUGUUCAAGAGGUUACCGGGUUUACCAUUGGAAAGCAGUGCUGCUUUUAGUGCAACUUUGUAAAUAUCCUGUGCAAAAUGUUUAAUGCUAAUAAUAAAACAUGUUCGUGGUCA